GGGACUAAGCGGGGUUUCAGCCAAUGAGCGGCGGGGGCGUGGCGCAGAGCUCGCGGCCUGGCACGGACGGCGGACGCGGCGCAGCUUGCACCCCUGUGGAGCGGCCGUGGGCCCAUCCCAGCCCGGCACCAUGAACGUCUUYGACCGCAACAUCAACUUCGAUGCUCUCUUUAAGUUCUCCCACAUCUCAGUCUCCACCCAGGAGCACCUGAAGAGGGUCUAUGGCAGCUUUGCCAUCUGCAUGUUCGUGGCGGCCGCGGGCGCCUACAUCAAUGUGGUGACCCAGCUUUUCCAGUUYGGGCUCCUGACCGGUCUGGGUGCACUGGGGCUGAUGGUUUGGCUCACGGCCACCCCACACAGCCACGARACGGAGCAAAAGCGGCUGGGGAUGCUCGUUGGCUUCGCUUUCCUCACAGGCAUCAACCUGGGACCCCUCCUGCAAAUGUGCAUCUCCAUCAACCCCAGCAUCAUCCCCACUGCCUUCCUGGGCACCGCCACCAUCUUCGCCUGCUUCUCCCUGAGCGCCCUGUACGCCCGGCGCCGCAGCUAUCUCUACCUGGGAGGUUUCCUGCUCUCUGGCCUCUCCCUGAUGCUUCUCUCCUCGCUGAUUAACGCYUUUGUGAGAUCCGCCUGGCUCUUCUCGGCCAACCUGUACCUGGCACUGAUGAUCAUGUGCGGCUUCGUGCUCUUCGACACGCAGCUCAUCAUCGAGAAAGCCGAGAGCGGGGACAAGGAUUACAUCUGGCACUGUGUUGAUCUCUUCCUCGACUUUGUCAACAUUUUCCGGGAGCUCCUGAUGAUCCUGGGCAUGUCUGAGAACAAGAAGAAGGAGAAGAAGUGAAGUGGCUCUGGGCUGAGGCGGAGCCACCCCUGUGUCCCCAUGUCCCCUCCCAUCCCUCUCUGUCAUUAAAGGGGCUGCGCUUUGCUGCCGAGGAAGCAGCCGGAAGCUUUCGCACCUCGUGGAUUUUUCUCUCGUUCAGCUUUUUUUUUUUUUUUUUUUCGAUUAAAAACCAGCCAAUUUGUGAAUCCCGCUGGAGUUUGGCUCCCCCUGAUUUCCCCCCCGCCCCCGGCCUAUGGCCCUCGGAGUGGUCACCCACGUGUCCUUUUUUCCUUGGAGAUUUGUCCCCAGCCCCACCGGCACCUGGGAAAUCGUGAGGCCCUAAAAACCAGCCCGGGGGAUUGUUAGUGGGACCCUCCCCUCGGCCAAACUCAUCGGUGGAGCCUCCCCUUCAGCACCAGUGCCAAGAAACGAACGCGUGCUGGGAGGGGACCGUGGGGACACCGCAAUUCCCAGCGCUCCCAGUCCCGCCGUCUCCGCUCUUUGUACACCGGGAUGAUUCAAUAAAUCGCUCAGACUCCAAA